AUGAAGCCCCUCCAAGUUCUACGCUCAGCCCUACACAUACAACAAGGCCAAGCCAAACCAAAGCCAAAACCAAAGCUCAACAAUGGCCGAAUCCCCCACGAGAUCCUGGACAUGAUCCAAGAAUACCUCGAUCUACCAGACCAAGUCUGCCUGGCUCUGACCUGCAGACAUCUCUACCGCUACCUCGUCUCCUACCGAAAAGAGAGUGGCAGACUUCUUCUGAACUCCACCCUCCCAAGAAGAGAUCGUUUCCCUCUCCGCUCAAACACCGACCUUGCCAACGACCCUCGCAUCCAACUCCUCCACCAACUGGAAGACAAGUACUGGCAAUACUGCAUUGAAUGCCAGACCCUUCACCGACGCUCAGUAAAGAAACAGUCUCACUGCUACAACGGUCUCAACAUGCACAAACACUGCAAUCCAUCCACAGGCGCAGUUGAUCUCUGUCCCUGUCUAAGCAUAACACCCAACCACCGCCAGCUGGUAGCAGCAUGCAUUGAAGAGCGACUUGAGAAGGAGGUUACUAACCGAGUAUUCCAAAGUGGUUUCUUUUAUCGUGCACCCACCGAGGGCGACAUCGUUCACCAGUGCACGGUAGAUACAUACCCUGGUGCUGAAAUGGAGAUCCUGACGGAACCGUACCUGGACACACCCGUCAGGCAUCUGAGCCGCAGUAUUAUAUCGAUGUAUGUGCAGAAUACCUAUGUGAUCAACAUCCAGGCUGAACUGUCUGAGGCAUUGGGUUCGAUUUGUCCAGAGGAAGAGCCUAAUAAGUGGCUCAAGCAGUUCUUCAAGGAGGCUGGGCUGGAGUACUCUGCUUGGCAUGGGAAGGUGAAGUCUGUGGCUGUGGCGCCGCGGUAUGUGAAGAUUGUCACGGAUAGGGAGUUGGGGUGGAAGAGUUGGGGGAUGUGGCAAUGGGCACAGAAUCGCAAUGACCGUUGA